CCUCUUUCUUUUUCUCACUUCAGGGCAACAAGGAAAUAUACCCCUGAGGCCUUCUCCGCCAUCUCCUCCGUGUGGCGAAGGGAAAAGAGCCGCCAUGCAGCCAGCUAAGGGUGGGGUGUCCUUUGAAGAGGUGGCUGUGUAUUUCUCCCAGGGGGAGUGGGCCCUGCUGCGCCCAGCCCAGAGGGCUCUCUACAAGGAAGUCAUGCUGGAGAAUUUUGGCCAUGUGGCCUCUCUAGGACCUCAGAUUGCCAAACCUGACCUCAUAUCCUGGCUGGAGGAAGAGGAAGAGCUGUUUCUCCCAUUCUCUGAUGAAGAGGAGGGAUUGACAGGAGGUGAGUGGGAAUCAGCAAAUGAAGCAAAAAAAUAUGCAUUAAUUGAAAACGAAGACACAUGUCUGCAACGGGAAGAGAACACUAAAUAUUGUAAUGCAGAGAAGAAGGAAGAUGAAAAAUAUCCAGCAAGGACUAGUUCCAGUCUUCUACCAGGUGAUCUCCCUCAUGAAGUUCCCCUACUUCAAGAAGUAUACAAAGGAGACAGUUGGAUUGAAAGCACUGCAAAUGAGGAUAAUUUUCCUGAAAAAUCUGACAUUGAGAUUCAUAGAAACAUGGAUACCAGGACACAAGUAUAUAAAUGGCUGGAGUGUGGGAAAGCCUCUAAUCAUACAGAGAACCUUAAUUCCCAUCGAAGAAUUCAUACAGAGGAGAAACUGUACAAAUGCCUGGAGUGUGGGAAAUGCUUCACUGUGACUGGAAACCUUAUUUCCCAUCAAAGAAUUCACACAGGGGAGAAACCAUAUCAGUGCUCAGAGUGUGGGAAAAGAUUCUGUCGCAGUGCAGCUCUUAAGGUCCAUCAAAGAAUUCACACAGGGGAGAAACCAUAUAAAUGUCUGGAGUGUGGGAAAAGCUUCUGUCAGACAGGACACUUUACUUCCCAUCAAAGAGUUCACACAGGGGAGAAACCAUAUAAAUGCCUGGAGUGUGGGAAAAGAUUCAGCCGCAGUGCAUCUCUUAAGGUCCAUCAAAGAAUUCACACAGGGGAGAAACCAUAUAAAUGUCUGGAGUGUGGGAAAAGCUUCUGUCAGACAGGACACUUUACUUCCCAUCAAAGAAUUCACACAGGGGAGAAACCAUGUAAAUGCCUGGAGUGUGGAAAGAGCUUCAUUGAAAGUGGACAACUCUCUGUUCAUCAGAGAAUUCACACAGGGGCGCAACCAUAUAAAUCCCUCGAGUGCGGCAAGAGUUCCAGUGCCAGUGGACACUGUGCUGUUCAUCAAAUAAUUCAUACAGGAGAGAAACCAUAUAAACGCCUGGAGUGUGAAAAGAGCUUCAAUGACAGUGGACAACUCUCUGUUCAUCAGAGAAUUCACACAGGGGAGAAACCAUAUAAAUGUCUGGAGUGUGGAAAGAGCUUCAGUGGCAGUGGAAACCUUACUGUUCAUCAAAGAAUUCAUACCGGGGAGAAACCGUACAAAUGCCUGGAGUGUGGGAAAAGUUUCAGUCAGCAGGGACACUUUACUUCCCAUCAAAGAAUUCACACAGGACAGAAACCAUAUAUAUGCCUGGAGUGUGGAAAGAGCUUCAGAGACAGCGGAUACCUUGCUGUUCAUCAAAGAAUUCAUACAGGGGAGAAACCGUACAAAUGCCUGAAGUGUGGGAAAAGUUUCAGUCAGCAGGGACACUUUACUUCCCAUCAAAGAAUUCACACAGGACAGAAACCAUAUAAAUGCCUGGAGUGUGGAAAGAGCUUCAGAGACAGUGGCUACCUUGCUGUUCAUCAAAGAAUUCACACAGGUGAGAAACCAUAUAAAUGCCUCGAGUGUGGGAAAAGCUUCCGUUAUAGUUCAAACCUUACUUCCCAUCAAAACAUUCACACAGAAGAGAAACGGUACAAAUGCCUGCUGUGUGGAAAGAAUUUCAAUGACCGUGGACAACUUGCUGUUCAUCAUAGGAUUCACACUGGAGAGAAGCCUUAUAAAUGCCUGGAGUGUGGAAAGAGCUUCAGUGGCAGUGGAUAUCUUGUUGUUCAUCAAAGACUUCAUACAGGGAAGAAACCAUACAAAUGCCUGGAGUGUGGGAAAAAAUUCAGUCAGAGGGGAUACUUUAAUUCCCAUCAAAGAAUUCACACAGGGGAGAAACCGUAUAAAUGCCCAGAGUGUGGAAAGAGUUUCAUUGACAGCGGUCACCUUGCUGUUCAUCAAAGAAUGCACACAGGGGAGAAGCCUUAUAAAUGCCUGGUGUGUGGAAAGAGCUUCAGUGAGAGUAGAUACCUUGCUAGUCAUCAAAGAAUUCACACAGGGGAGAAACCAUACAAAUGCCUGGAGUGUGGGAAAAAAUUCAGUCAGAGAGCAGAACUUUGUAUCCAUCAAAGAACUCACACAGGUGAGAAACCAUAUAAAUGCCUGGAAUGUGGGAAAAGCUUCAGUCAGAGUGGACACCUUAAUUUGCACAAUAGAAUUCACACAGGGGAGAAACCAUGUAAGUGCACAGAAUGUGGAAAAAGCUUCCGUAGUAGUUCAAACCUUACUUCCCAUCAAAGAAUUCACACAAGGGAGAAAUCAUAUCCAUGCUAGGAGUAUGGAAAAACCUUCAGUCAGAGUGGAAGCCCUGCUUUUCAUCAAAGAACUCACAUAGGAGAGAAACCAAGCAAUACUAUCUGUUGUUUUCAAUAUGUGCUCCUAUGAUCUACUUGUACUUCCUGCUGUCUGUUGUCAGCCCAGGAAUUGCUUAUGUUCUGUUUCAGUAUUUCUCCAACUCUGUAUUGGAUUCUUGCUAAUGCUAUGUAUUUGUAAACUUGUGUUUAUUUGCCCUAUUGUGUUGCGUAUGGAAAUGUCCUUGAUAUUGACUGUACUAAUCUCACACUCUGUAAUCCGCUUUGUGUCUCAGUAAGAAAGGUGGACUAUAAAUGACAUAAAAUAAAAUGUUUGGAAUGUGGAAA